CGUUGUUGAUUAUAACACUGUAGCAGUGUCUUCUGUGGUGUAGCUCCAUCCAUGUCAUACAAAAGAUGAUUUGACACUGUUUUUUGUUUUCUUUUUUCAUUUCAAAACGUAAUUCUAUCUUUCUACAGAGACCGUCCGUAGCAGCUGGUCAUUAAGACAGUAGUUUCUUUUUUUAGACUUACAUCUUUUCAAUUCCUGGAGGGGUGUGAUGCAGCAGUUGGUCCUACAGAGUUUUAUUUAGUCUUAGUCAUGUGGGCUUUUUUAAAAAUAAAGAUAUAUAUUUAUCAUAGGGCAGCAGUAAAGAAUAUGAAAUAUUACAUUUCUUGAUAUAGAAAUUUAUUAUUGCACAGGUUGGUCAUGAGGAGUUUUUAAUAACGCACAUGGUAUAUUUUGUUCAAAUGUUCUUACAUGGACACGGCUAAACGGUAAUUUAAACGUGUCUAUAUUAAUAUUUACUUUUUUUUUUUAUGUAAUAAUGUGAUGUUUUAGUUGGUAACUUUUAGUUGACAACUUUAUGAACUUCCGUUCCGUCCUCAUGCAGCUGACGCAAUCAAGUUAUCAACCAACAGCGGGAGGCGCGUGCGCUCGUAGUGGAGGAACCUGAUUAAAAACCGAUGGAGGACUUUCAUAGUAAAAGUCUUUUCAAAUUCAAAAAAUAGUUCACUGUAGCGUGAGUACCACCGAUACUACGACCCCCUCCACUCCACGAUUCUGGCCCCAAUGGCCAAGUCAUUCUCUGUUCAUCUUCUGGUUGCAACGCUUCAGCUGCUCCACACAUCCUCCCAGCAUGAGGCUGGAGAUGACAAACAGCCCAAUUUCAUCAUCAUACUGGCAGAUGACAUCGGCUGGGGUGAUCUGGAUGCAAACCAGCCAGAAAAAAAGGCAGACAACACACCUUAUCUCGACCUGAUGGCUGAACAAGGGCUCAGACUGACAGACUUCCACUCCCCGGCUUCCACCUGCUCACCUUCACGCGCUGCCAUCCUGACUGGACGCUACGGUCUCAGAAACGGGGUGACCCAUAACUUUGCUGUGAAUUCUGUGGCAGGUCUGCCUUUAUCUGAGGUUACAUUGGCAGAGCUGCUACAGAAAUCUGGGUACUACACAGCCAUGGUCGGUAAAUGGCACCUGGGCCACAACGGACCCUACAGCCCAACUAACAGAGGUUUCGACUACUACUUAGGAAUUCCAUACAGUAAUGAUAUGGGCUGCACUGACACUCCAGGAUAUAAUCUGCCCCGGUGUUUACCCUGUGACUCAUCUUCACCUCAAGCCUUAAGGGUAAAGAGGAGACUAGACAAAGGCUGUUACACCAAAGUGGGGCUUCCUCUGAUGGAAAACAGCAGCAUAGUGGAGCAGCCACUGAACCUGUGGACACUGAGCCAACAGUACACAUCUGCUGCCACCAGGGUUAUACACAAUGCAAGGCAGAGAGGGCAACCCUAUCUGCUGUACGUGGCCUUGGCUCACAUGCACGUUCCUCUGGCUCCUCCACCUCCUCCACCUCCUCCUGAUGCUGUGGUCCUGACUGCUGCUGACCACACAGUCUACAGCAGCAGUCUCAGAGAGAUGGACAGUUUAAUAGGAGCGGUGAAGAAGGUUUCUGAUGACACAGACCAGAACAAUACUCUCAUCUGGUUCACUGGAGACAAUGGGCCUUGGGAGCAGAAGUGUCAGUACGCAGGAAGUGUUGGUCCAUUUGUUGGAAAGUGGCAAACCAGCAGAGGGGGAGGCUCAGCCAAGAGGACCACCUGGGAAGGAGGUCACCGGGUGCCAACAGUGGCUUAUUGGCCAGGAAAGAUCUCUGCCAACAGUACCAACUCUGCUCUGCUCAGUGGUAUGGACAUCUUUACUACCCUGCUGUCUCUGGCUGGAGUAACGCCCCCUGCAGACAGACGCUACGAUGGCAUGGAUGCCACAGAUGUUCUGCUGCAUGGUAAACAGACUGGGCAUGAGUUCCUCUUCCACCCUAACAGUGGCGCUGCAGGUAGAUUUGGCGACCUACAAACGGUCCGAAGAGGGAAACACAAAGCUUUCUACAUCACAGGAGCAGCGGAGUCAUGUGGGGGUGGUACAGGUGGGCAGCAGCUCCAUAAUCCACCUUUAAUUUUUGACCUGGAGCAGGAUGGAGCUGAGGAAACGCCUCUGGACAUCAGGACCCCAGAAUACCAGGCUGUGGCUGAGAAGAUUGACCAAAGGAGAGAGGAGCUGCUGUGGGACAUCGCCACAGACAGGUCUGUGUCCUCAGCAGACUAUAGCACAGACAAGUCAGCGGCUCCCUGUUGUGACUCCAGGCAGCCCGUGUGUCGCUGCCAGCCAACGAGUCGGCAGGUGGGGGCGCUCCAUCACUUGUGCCUUCACGUCAGAGAAGAACUGAGGAGAUCACAGAUGGGAGUAAACCUCUAGGGGGGACGAGACACAGCACUGUCUCUGCUGGAGGACGGCGUCAGAUGUUUGUUUGUAGAGCGCAGUGUUUGUUAGGUCCAACGUCCAGAUGUAGCAGGAGGAGGAGGACGUGCAAAUCAGCAGGGAGCAAACAGAUGCUGGAGGAUGAAGAGCUGGACUUUGAGUCAGGGAGUAGAGGAAAGGUCCAGGUGAGACUCCUCGGUCCGGUCAGUGCCGUUAGGAAAUGACUGGCAUCCCAUAUAAAUAUUAAAUAUUUUAACUAGUAGUAGUUAAAUAGCAGUUGAAUAUUUUGGUCAUAUAUAUAUAAAUACUUGAAGAUGUUUAUCCAUCUUAUAGUAAUCUUUUUAUCCUUAAACUAAAUUUCUUAGGUUUGGAUCUACUGUUUGGCUAAUUCUUUGCUGCUACUUGGCUAACCUUUAGAUUCUUGUCUGUCAAAUUAUUUCUCAUUAAAUUACAUUUUAAAAGUUUUUAAA